GGAGCAACGGGCGCCAUCCAGCCAGCCCCAGCCCCGGUCCAGCCUCUUCAUCGGCAUCAGCAUCAGCACACACCACACACACAACACACUCUCCGGUGACGCAGCGGCCCCCUCGUGUGUUUUCCCGCCCGUUUUCUACCCCCUCGAAAAAUUUUCACCCCCUCUUAUACCCACCCACCCAAUCUACUAGAAUCCACCAUCUCCUUGGCUGAACAUCACCUCAAUCAGAAAACACAAUGCGGAAAACAAUGGCCUACGUGCCAUCGUCGGACGUGCCGUCGGCAUUUCUAAUCAGCACGGACGCUGACGCCGUCCUAUUGGAUCUCUUGGGAACCUUUGUGCUACUAGAUGGUGGAUCGGAGAAGGUCCGAUUCACGAAACAUGUGCGACAGAUUGACGCAAACAUCAUUAGCGCUCCAACAAAAGCUGCACUCACGAAUGCGGUAGAGUUGAAUAAGGAGACCAUCGUACCGCUGGUGGGUAAUUUUCCUAAUGUGAAGGCAGCUGGCACAGACGACUCAGUGGCUGCGCUUCUCAAGAGCGUAGAAAAAGUCACUGAAGGCCGUCCUGCAGUUACACCCACUCGUUUCAGUCCGAAAUACGAGCCAAUUGUCAUCAGUAAGUCUCUUCGUACUGGUCGUCUCGAGUUAAUCGUUCUUGCGGGUGAUGCAAAGGAGGUUGAAGCGCUACAGAAGGCGGUGGAAACCGGCGAUGAAAAAGUUAUCGAGAAGGCCGCUGCUAAUCAUGGGACCAUCUCCGUGUUGGUUUGGUUCCCAGCAAUUGGGACGGAUCCUAUCAAGAGAGUGCUGCAUACUGGCACCGCCCCAUUAGCGCGCAUCGUAUCCGCUCUAGAAAAAGCCAAGGCCUUGCCCUAUCUUCACAGUCCAGUAGUAUCAGCAGCAAAUGCAUACAAGGAAGUACCAGUAACGCGACAGGCAGCUACACACAAUGCACCGAAAGCUACAGCAAAUAACAGAACACCAGCAGUACCCACACGCGCAGCUCCCCCAAAACCAACUAAUAACAAUGCAACAAGCAGGCUCGCUGCCACAAAACGCCCCGCAGCACCCGCAGCGCCAGCUCCAACUUCACGACCCAAUACGAAUAAUGCCAGAUCAGCACCAUCAAGCGCUAAACCGUCUCCAGCUCGUUUGUCAACUGCUCCGGCAGCUAAAGCCAAACCGGCAGGCACCAAUGGAGCCACUAACAAAGCAGCAUCCGUGCCAGCCAAUAGGACAGCUAAUGCUGCCGCCAAGAAAACAAAUCACGAAGCGCCCAUACAGAAAACUACUGUAGCUCCACUGAAAGGAGCUGCAAUGUCGCGCGCUGCAGGAGCCGUCGGUAAAGCUAUCGGAUCUGUCACGGGCAAAACUGGAGGAGAAUCAAAACCAGCGGGGAAACCACCAGCAACGCAAAAGGAUAAGAAUGAUAAGAACGCUAAGCCACCAAGUCCAACCGGAGGCACUGCUCCCGCCCCUGCUGCUCAUCCUGAUGCACCGUCUCCAACCGCAGAGGCAACAGCUCCAGCGCCAACACCUUCUCCAACUCCAGCACCUCAUCCGGAAGAGGCUAAAGAGCCAAAUACUACUCCUGUCGCACCCAAGCCAAAUUUGGACGAUUCCGUGGUAUGUCUAGACGACGUAGUACCUGAUAUAGCCAUCGAUGCUCCACAAGAUCCAGCAUCAUCGGAUCUUCGACCUCCGAUCGAGUUGGUGGUGAUUCCGCCAACUCCGGAGCCAAGGUCGCAAUCGCAGCGUUCUUCUGUAGAUGGAAUACUAGAUGGAGCAACAACGUCUCCGGUGGUGUCACCAAAACCUGAAUCCGAUAAGGAAGCUGAGGAGGACCAGAACGUGUUGUCGACUGACGACGAUCGAGGCAAGAUUAGUGAUGCAUCAGUAUCGCCUAAACCUGAUCAGAAACCAGCAGAAGAUUCGAAAAAGGAAGUAGAAGAUCAUAAGCCAGCUAUGCCGAUGCCUGAACAUGAUGAACAUUUGGAUCAAAAGAAAGACAAAGAUGUGACACCCGAGCAUCCAUCAGAUUUGAAGGAUACAUCUCCAGAUCAUCCGCCACCUACGGCGCCUGAACGCUCACCGUCUCCAGAAUCUAAUCGUGCGCCAUCACCGAAAGAUACGAAGCCUACUCCACAGCCGGAGCCCGAACCGAAACAUGAUGAGCCCGAACCGAAACAUGAUGAGCCAAUGCCCGAUCAUCCACAUGUCGCACAUGAUGAAGAUGCUGGAGACAGCAAACCUCCGAAGUUGUACCCGGAACUUCCGACACCUGAUGACUCGCAUGGCGAAACACCGUCACCUUUACCCAAAGAUAGAAGUCCGUCUCCAAAACCGGAAACACCAGGCCAUGCACCUCAGCCUGCACCAGUGAGCCCUGUCGAUAUACAUGGCGCACCAGCCGAGCCAUUCGGUUUGCCGUCAAUUGCACAUCCAACACCUCCACCUCCAGCUAGUGAUGUUAGAAAUGAAGGCGACAUUCCUGAAGAGUUCAAGCCCCCACACACUCCGCAAGAACCUGGAGAGAAUGGUUUGUUGGACGAUCUGGAAGAGCCUCCUAAACUCAUGAGAAUUAGUAUGGAUACCGACGAUUUGAAUCAGGCUCUUGAGAAAGGAGCCACAGCUGUUGCUGAUCAACUUGCACAGUGCUUGGACAAUCUUACCCUUACCGGCAGCAAUGAGAAAUUAGACGACAAGGAUUUGACAGAGACGAAAGCAGAAGUAGCCAAGGAAAUCAGCCAACAAAUGAUCCAGGAAGCAUCAACUCCAUUCACAGCUGCAUUGGCUUCUACCCUUGCGGAAGGAACCGAGUUUGCUAAAAUGGCUGCAAGCUCAGCGCUUGAUCAGCUCGUCGAAGUUGCUAGCACGGUAUCCGAGACCGUUGUAGAUGGUGUGAAAGAAGCAGCCGAAACCGUCAAUGAUAAGAUGAAGGCAAUGCAAACACGGUCUAGUCUUAUAGAAGAUGAUGGCGAAGAAGAGCGCCCUAUCAAGUUCGAAGAGACUGAUCCUGUAAUCGACAAUGUACUAGAGAGUGUUGCUAGUGACUCCGAACGUGUUGAUCAUGCGUUGAGCAAUGGUAGCUCGGACAUGGAAGUGAAGGAGAAUGGCAAAAAGCAUCAUGAGGUCGAUGAAGAGGGUUUCCGGGUCGCUGCUGAUUCCCACGAUACCCGGCUUUUCCUUCCACCGCCAUCAGCAGCUCGUGGCAGAGCCCCUCCGGUCCCACAUUUGUCGCGGCCACUCUACUUUGAGCUAGCAACUGUUCCACAUUUCAACGGAAAAUGUAGUCUUCCUGAUGAACAAAGCGCCGUCGAGUAUUUCACGAAUAUUAGGUCAGCUAACUACAUUUUACAUAGUGAAGACGUCUCUCCAGCUGUGCUUGAUGGUUGGCUAACUGGCAAAAAGCAUUGGCUUAACAAUGGUCACAAGACCCGCAUAAUCCCGACCAGGCACCAUAGCGCCUUACAAGCAUUUGUCACCGAAAAUGCAGCCCAACUGGAAGAAUAUGGUCUAGUUAUGAACUCAUCCCUAGAACAUAACACAAUUUCGAUAAACACAGAAGAAGGACGGGAAGACUACCAUAUGAUCAAGAUUGAACUCUAAACAAGUUAUCUCGUAAACUCAUUUGAAUUUACACACCCACAACAAAAAAUUCUCAUAUAGUUAUCCUAGCCACUUCUAAUCUCGUGCAUCAUUUUAAUUUUUUUCUAUAAUUUAUACGAGCUUAAAGGCCGAGUGACAAUUUCUCUAUAUAAGCGCCACCAAGCUUUCUUUUCGCAAAUGCCCUAAACAAUUUGAGUAAUCUUAUCAAAACUGGUUGACUAUGUUUUUUUCUCGCUACUGUGAACUAUUUUACUAGUAUUGAAUAAUGCAGCGUGUGUGCGUUAGUGUUUUACGAGAGCCUAACGACCCCCAUUCUUUUCCCAAAUAUCGCUAUCCUUUCAACUGUAAUGUAACAUAAUUUUUAUUGCAUCACACACUGUAUACGAUAUUUAAGAGUAGUUUUAGUUGUUGCAUGUUGAGUUACGUUUUUUUCAAUUUCAAUAAAAUUUCACG